AAUGUCAAGAAACCAUGCACUUUCAGUUGGAAAAUGGAAUCACCAAUUGAUCUCUACGAUGAUAUAAUACAACAUGAAGAAAUAGAGCCAUUAGUAAUCGAAGAUAUCAAUAAACAAAUUUACGCAGAAAUAAUCAACACUGGCGAAGGCAUUACCAUCUCAGUAUCUUCUCAAAAUAGUCCAGUAAUAAGGGGUGGAGGACUGCCAUACCCCGAAUACGUGGUGUCCCAAAUAAUAUUCCGUUGGGAUUCCGAACACACGAUCAACAAGGAAAAGUUCGCUAUGGAAAUUCAGACUUUGACCAUCGCGAAGGAAUGCAGGAACUUCGAAACCGCUUUGACCAAGGGUGGUGUUGCCAUUUUCUCCACCUUAUACAGCUUAUCCCGCUUGGAGAACCAAGGUUUGAAUGAGCUCUUACCAAUAAUUCCUUUCAUAAGUGAUGAGAUCGGUAGGGUAGUUCCGUAUGACGUCAUGAGGUUGAGUCAUUUUUUUCCUGAGAAUUGGAACGACUUUUACAGAUACAACGGCUCACUGACGUUUCCCCCAUUCUCGACUGGGGUAAUAUGGACUAUUUUCAAAGAAAAACAACCAGUGACAAGACCACAGAUGGGACUCUUAUGUGAUAUCCAAGAUGAAGACGGUAACCUCAUUGUUUGGAACAAUUCUGCAUCUAGAAACGUUAAAACCGUAUUUUAUUCUUCUGGUAAGGUGAAAAGGAAAUGCCAGUGUCCUCCUGGACAUCGAAAGCACAAAAUGCAGGUUGAUGGUGAUGAGGAUAAGGAUAAAUAUGAUGUUGAGGAAAUCAUAAAAUCGCAAGUUUAUGAGGUAUUACAAGAGACGCCUAGAAAAGAUGGGAUACUCAAGGAAGAAACUGCUGAUUUGAAUGACACCAUUGCGAAAGAUACGAAUGUUCGGGAGGAUACAAAUAAAGACGAUAAGAAAAAAUUUGAGAAAGUCAGAAUUGAAGGAAAAGAGGAAUCUCUCGUACGUGAAGUGGACAAAACGACUCAAACUGAGGGAGAAUGGGAAUCCAUAUCACUGGCGGCGAGAAGUUAUGACUUGGACCCAUAUCACAAUGCUGGUCAUGCUAAUAAGAAGAUAUCAACAAGCGUUUCUUUCAAAUUAUCCCCAACUUCUGGUAGUGGAGAAAGUGGGGAACAUACAAACAAUGAAUAGGAUAUCAUCUGCAUAGUCAUGUUCUUAUAAACUAUGCCUCAACAAAUAAUAUACUGAUCUAACUAAAAAUUUCUUCUCUUAUAUUGAAACCCAUUUUACAAAGAGUUGUGGUAUCUUGGACCACGUUUUAUAUAGUAAUAAAAUGAAGAUCUACUUAUAUCAACAUACUAGAAGGCCAAAUUGAAAAUGUCUAUAAUUUUCAUUACAAUAAAGA